GAGAGAGAGAGAGAGAGAGAGAGAGGGAGGAGGGCUCGUGUCACAGCUCAGUUCGGCAAAGGCCUCUCUAACAAAUAGGUGUUUGAGGAUUUAUUGGAGACGUUAUUAAGAUAUGUGGGUUAUAAAGAAAUAUGCGUUGUGGUGCAUCUUCUUUUUUUCGACUUGUGCCCUUUCUGACUCGCAGGCUAUAUACCAUGGGAAACAAGGCAAUUCCAUUCCACCUGCAGCUGGGCUUGGAGUCAAAGAACAUUUCCAGAUCGUCUCCCAGCACAACAGACUCCGGAGCAGAGUCUACCCGGGCUCUGCAAACAUGCAGAAAAUGGACUGGAGUGAGAAGCUGGCUGUGCUGGCCCAGCAGAGAGCAUCCUCCUGUCCCCUAAACCCUGCACUAGAGGAGGGACACUCUGACCACAUGGGCUGGAACAUCCAUGACUUCACUCCUGGGGCCGCCUCCUUCGCUGAGGUCAUCAACCUGUGGUUCAGCGAAGGGCAGGACUACAACUACAACAGCGGCCAGUGCAGGCAGAACAGCACCUGCCAACACUACACACAGCUGGUGUGGGCCACCUCCAGUCGGCUGGGUUGUGCGCGGCACUUGUGCGAGAAGGGCGGAGCCAGCAGGGAGGUGUUUGUAUGUGCGUACUCACCAGGGGGAAACUGGGAGGUGAACGGCAGGCUGGUCCUGCCCUAUAAGAAAGGCCCCUACUGCUCUCUCUGCACCUCGGGAAUGUCCGGCUGCUUCAAACUGUGGGACCACGUCGGGGGGCUCUGCGAGAUCCCUCGGAACCCAUGCAGGAUGAGCUGUGGGCUCCAUGGCCAGCUGAAUGUCUCCUCCUGUCACUGUGAGUGUGCCCCUGGAUUCACUGGCCGCUUCUGCCAGGUGAGGUGCAGCGUGCAGUGUGUGCACGGACGGUACCGGGAGGAGGAGUGUUCAUGCGUGUGUGACAUGGGAUAUGGGGGAGCGGAGUGCGCAGAGAAGCUGGAGUUCCCGUUUCACAGCUGCGAUGUCCGGAUCGACGGGGAGUGCUUCAUGGUGUCUCCAGGGGCUGAGAACUACUACGGGGCAAAGAUGAAGUGCCAGGAGAAAGGAGGGGUUUUAGCACAGAUAAAGAAUCAGAAGGUUCAGGACAUCCUGGCUUUUUAUCUCGGCCAAUUAGAAACCACAAAUGAGGUCACUGACCCCGACUUUGAAACAAAGAACUUCUGGAUUGGUCUGACAUAUAAAAUGUCAAAGGAUUCGUUCCGCUGGGACACUGGAGAGAGCCCCGCCUUCACCAGCUUCGCCUUCGGACAGCCGGACAACCAGAGGUUUGGGAACUGUGUGGAACUGCAGGCGGCUAGUGCUUUUAACUGGAACGACCAGCGCUGUAAAACACGCAACAGAUACAUCUGCCAGUUCGCACCGGAGCACAUAGCCCUGUGGGAGAUUGCGCGGUGAGACUGCACGAAUUAAGAUGAAGCUUGGAGACCCGAGGGGGCAGUAUGGGGCAGGUUUCGCCAUGCAGCUGAAUGAACUACACACUGAUGAUGUUAACCACUGCCUCGUGCCAGGACAGACACACCACUGUGAAAUGUUUGGUCUUACAGUAGCAUUCCGUGUAAAGCAAAGCGAUGAGGUUAAUGAAGCUCGCCUCUGGUAGCAUUGCACCGCAAUGAGCAUUAUAGUGUGCCACUUAUAGUAUUGUACCCUGAGAUGUAUUGAUAACAUGUUUUGUUGUAAGCUGUUCCAGAACUCUGCAGCUUUAAAAUCAACCGCAGUGAUAUACCCAUACUUCAGCUUCUGUAACUCUGGCAGUGAGAUGAGUGACAGUGCCAUUAUUACAAUCUCUGACCCAUCUACUGUAGAAAAAAUGUAGUGUGCUAGAAGAGCUACUUGAAUCACUAUAGUUGCCUGGGGUAAACCCUGGGCACCUGCUUAUGGUAAAAUACAUAAACGGUGGCAAUGUGCUACAGUGACAGAUUCUUUUUAGUUCCUCUGAAAACUGUUUGACACUGAGGGUUACUUUUCCCCUUUUUUUAUAGGUAAAGAUGCAAAAUGUCAAAUGUCUGCUACUUCAACAUAAGGCAUGUCAGAAUAUAUAUUAUUUCACGACAACUGAAUAUUUUUUUUAAUUUAGUCGUUGCCAAUUAUUUUUGUUAUUUUCUCCCCAAUUUGGAAAUGGCCAAUUAUUUUUAGGCUCAGCUCACCGCUACCACCCCUGCGCUUACUCGGGAGGGCGAAGACGAACACACACUGUCCACCGAAGCGUGUGCCGACCGCUUUUUUUCACACUGCAGACUCGCCAUGCAGCCACCCAAGAGCUACAGCGUCGGAGGACAACGCAGCUCUCGGGCAGCUUACAGGCAAGCCCGCAGGCGCCCAGCCCGACUACAGGGGUCGCUGGUGCGCAGUGAGCCGAGGACACCCUGGCCAACCUAACCCUCUCUCCCCCCGGGUGGCGCUCGGCCAAUUGAACGCCGCCCCCUAGGACCUCCCGUCCACGGUCGGCUGUGGAGAAGCCUGGACUCGAACUCGCGAUGUCCAGACUAUAGAGCGCAUCCUGCACUCCACGUGGAGCACCUUUACUGGAUGCGCCACUCGGGAGCCCCACGACAAUUUAAUUUUAAUAAAAACUACAGUAAGCACAGCGAAGGGAAAGAUGUAAAACAUGUGUUAUAUACUUUUGUAGUAUACUGUACUUGUAGCAUACUCCACUUAAAUCAAUAUAGGUGCUGAUGGCUAUUUUGUAUAUAGCCUGUGUUAGGAAAGCUAUUAGCUGAGUUCAGGGCUUCAGUUCCUUUCCUAGAAGAGUCACCAGUGUUCUGUACAGUGGUCAGAUCCAGAACCAGCUUGUGCAUGACUACUGCGUAUUGCCAGCCAUGUAUUAAAAGAAAGUUGAUUCACAGUAGCUGUGCACCAGAUGGCACUGUCUGACUGCAGAUCCACUGAUGCAUGCAUGCAAAGAGGAAAGGAAUAAAAUCAUGACUCUGAAGGCAGCCCAAUGCUAAAUAUUGUAUUUGAGCAAUAGCUUCUGAAUAAGUGGAAGCAUAGCAAAAGGUGUCAGUAAAAACAAACAGUAAAAUACAUAUCAAGGCUAUUAACUCUUGUGUAACAUUUCUACUAGCGCUGUUAACACCAAUGCACUUAUUUCUACUGCUAGUUUAACUUUUCUAGACUUUUUUUGAAAGUUAAUUAAAUAAAAAAUGACACUGUGCAGAA